AUGGUCCAGGAGGUUCCAAUAAGAAUAGACCAGGCGGUUUUGUGGCUUUCAGAUCCUUCAACAGACAUAAAAAAUAAAAUUGAAGCAGUUAAUGAAUUAUUGGAAUCAUUGGAUGCGUUGCAGUUAAAUGAUUAUCAAGGAUUUUUAUCUAAAUUAAUACCAGUAAUGAUACAAGUGUUGGAUGAAGGAGAACCAUCAUUUAAUAGUUUGUCACAUGAACAGAACUUCCGUAUAAGUCUUUUAAAUUUACUUCAUAGGCUACCUUUGAAUGAAACGUUUCGUUCAUAUGCAUCAGAUGUUAUGAAAGUAUUAAUGAAACUUUUGCAUAUAGAUAAUGAGGAGAAUGCUAUAUUAUCAUUAAAAAUAAUAGUUGAUCUUCACAGAAGCUUUAAACAGAAUUUAGAAGAAUAUGUUCAGCCUUUUUUAGAUUUUGUUUUAGAAAUAUUUAAGAAUAUGCCACAAGUUGUUAAAGAAAGCUUUCCUUCAGUCAGUUCAGAAUUAUCGAGUCCUAGUUAUGUUAAUAUAAAAUCAUCUAUACCUAUGUCUUCUGUAAAUCACUCGGAAACAGAAAAUUCUGGUACUUCUUUGGGAAGGUCUAAAUAUAGUUUUAAAGUACUUACGGAAUGCCCUAUUAUUGUUGUUCUUUUGUUUCAGUCUCAUAAACAAAUCAUUCCUACAAAUUUACCGUCUUUUAUUUCUGCAAUAAUUGAGAUGUUAUCAUUACAGGCUGCUCCUCAGGAAGAAGAACAUUUAAUUGCCGCUUCUAAAAAUGAAAUAUUUACUGGUGUUUCAUCCAAUAUUUCAAACAAAAUCUUAUUCGGAGAAUUUAUAAUAGCUCAAAUAAAGACAAUGUCCUUUUUAGCAUAUGUUUUGCGAGGAUUUACCGCAGCUAUGAGAAAAUAUCAAAAUAAAAUACCCGAGUUUUGUGUUCGUAUUUUAAAAGAUUGCCCACCUGAAAUUUCUUCCCCAAGAAAAGAACUUUUGGUUGCCACAAGACAUAUUUUAGCUACAGAUUUUAGAAACGCUUUUAUUAAAAAAAUUGAUUUUUUAUUAGAUGAAAAAGUUCUUAUUGGAGAAGGAGUUACUGUUCAUGAAACAUUAAGGCCAUUAGCAUAUAGUAUGCUCGCAGAUUUAAUUCAUCAUGUACGUUCUGAGCUUAGUGUAAAACAAAUAAGCCAAACAAUUCGUGUAUAUUCUGCUAAUCUUCAUGAUUGGACAUUGGCGAUUAGUAUUCAAACAAUGUCAGCAAAAUUACUUUUAAACAUGAUUGAUAGAAUAAUGAAACUUCCCCAGCAAUCAGAAGGGCGCCAACUUUUAAUUAUAAUUCUAGAUAAUUUUGCGAAAAAACUUGAAGAAUUAAACCAGAUUUAUCCUUUCUUAAAACAUAAGCAAUUUAUAUCUGAUGCAAAGCUAGAAAAUAUGAGCCAAAAAUAUGAGCCUCUAGAUAAUAUUGAUAUAAAUAUUGAAAAUGGGCUGGAUCUUCAGCGUUUAAGUCCCAUAGAAGCAUCUCUUUCUAGUUUUAAUUUGUCUCCUAGUCCACUUAAAGACGGACGUGUAUUAUUUAAGAAUCUUAUAAUUGGUUUGAAACCUAUAUUAUUUGGUCUUAAAAGUUGUAAUCCAUUAUCAACAUGUCCAUUAUCUAACAUACAACAAUGGAAUGACGUGGUUAGAGGACUAGAUACGUUUGAUGUUUUGCUUUUUACAAAGAUAUUUCAUGAGGGUUGUAAGGGAUUCAUUUAUUACAAAAAUGAAACUGGAAAAAAUAAUGAUAUUAAAUCUAAAGAUAAACCGACAUUUAUAGAUUCAUCUAUUACAAUUAAUAUUCCUAGCACUAGAGAAGAGAAAGAUGUUAUUGAGACAUUUGCUACAAUAUUUAUACAUAUCGAUCCAGCCGUUUUCCAAGAAAUAUUUCAAGCACAACUGCCUAUAUUUUUUGAGCAGGUCCUUAAAAAUCCAUCAUUGCUUCAUAUUCCUCAUUUUUUCUUAACAAACGACAAUACAUCUUCUGGAUUUGUAGGGAUAUUAUUGUUAUUUCUUAAAAGCAAGUUGAAAGAAGUUGGUGCAGAAAGUACACCCAGAACUUUACUUCUUUUAAGAUUUUUUAAACUAGCAUUUAUGGCAGUAACAAUGUUUCCGGACUCUAAUGAAGUCAUUAUACGACCACAUCUUAGUUACUUUAUUAUUCAAUCUUUUAAAUUAUCAACAGCAGCUGCUCAACCAAUGAAUUAUUUUUUAUUACUAAGAUCUCUCUUUAGAAGUAUAGGUGGUGGACGCUUUGAACUUUUAUAUAAAGAGGUUUUACCAUUAUUGCAGGUAAUCCUUGAAUAUUUGAACAAUUUGAUUCAAUCAUCAAGAAAACCAUCGGAAAGAGACUUAUUUGUAGAGUUAUGUCUUACUGUUCCUGUUAGAUUAAGUGUUCUUUUACCAUAUUUAAAUUAUUUAAUGAGACCAUUGGUAUUAGCUUUGCGUCCAGGAUCUGAUCAAGUCAGUCAAGGUUUGCGAACUUUGGAACUUUGUAUCGAUAAUCUAACCCAAGAUUUUUUGGAUCCAAUUUUAGCUCCAGUUGUUGACGACCUUAUGGCUGCCUUAUGGGAGCAUUUAAAACCUCUUCCAUAUAGUCAUCAACAUAGUCAUACUACUCUUCGCAUUCUUGGAAAAUUAGGAGGAAGGAACAGGAAGUUCAUAAUGGGCCCUAAGAAUUUAAAUUAUGAAUGGGAUUUGGAAAGUCACCCUCGAGUUUCAAUAUAUUUACAUGGUUCAAAUAAACCUCAGAUAUUUCGACCUACUGUGUAUAUAGAUCUUUCGGUUAAUACAAUUAGGGAUCCGCGGGCGGAUUUGAGCUAUAAAAAAUAUGCAUAUCAACAUCUUAGCUCUAUUGUAAAAUUAUUUUUGAAUUCUACUGAAAUUCCUCCUAAAUUUGGUGAACUCCUUAGAAAACAGAUUAAAAUUAUAAUUUCUGAAGAUCCAUCAUUUUCUGCAAUUUCUGUAGAUGACGAUAAAAUGGACAUGGAUGAAAAUACUUCUUCUAAAAGAAUAUUUUCUAAUAACACUAAUAUUACGGUGCACGGGGAAUUGUGGAAAAAGGCACUUUUAGGUUGUUUUUAUGCAAUAUCAAUUGAACAAUUAAAAUCUGAUGUCAAUGAACUUAUUAGUAAUAUAUGCAGGCAUCUUACAUUUUUGGAACUACAGCAGACUUAUGAGGAAAUUCAGAUUCGUUCACGAGCAUUUUCAAUUCAAAGUUUUAUUGAUCCCAUUUAUCUAGAUGUUAGAAUCAUAGGUGAUGUUAUAGUGGUUGGGCUUAGUUCAGAAAUAGAGGAAGUACGGAAUCUUUCUGAGUCAUGCAUACAGAUAUUUUAUAAUACUCUAGUUACAAUCCUAGGAUCAGAUAAAUUAAUGGAUAGGAUACCUUUAUUCCAUUCUUUUGCUAAUAAAUUUUGUCAUGCAUGUUAUAAAGAACACAGUUAUGAUAAAGCUGGUGGUGUUCUGGGUAUAAAGAUUUUAAUUAAAAUUUUAAAUAAAUAUAUUAACUGGAUAACAAAUCAUGAACUUGAUUUUAUUAGAGCACUGUUAUUUGUUCUAAAAGAUACUUCUCCAGAAAUACCCUCAACAUAUGUUAAUAACUCUGUUGAUACUAUUAUGCAUAUAUUAAGACUAUGUAAUAGUGAUACUAGCGAGAUUCAAUUAAAUAACGAAAAACAACGGAAAUUUACUGCUUUAACUGCAUUAUUAAUAACAGAACUUUCAAAUCCGAGUACCAUAGUGAGAGAAACCGUCAAAUCUGCAUUUCGUCUCUUGUCUGAAUUACAGGGGACGGAACUACAUGAAUUAUUAAAGCCUGUCCAAGAAAGAUUAUUGCAACCUAUUUUUAUAAAACCUCUUCGAGCGCUACCAUUUGGAAUGCAAUUUGGACAUAUCGAUGCUAUUACAUUUUGUCUAUCAUUGGAGCCUUCAUUUCUCGAAUUUAGUGAUGAACUAAUUAGGCUGCUUCAUGAAGCAUUAGCUCUUGCUGAUGCGGAGGAUGAAGCAUUAGUAACUGCCAGUAAAGCUUCUCAGUAUAAAAAUGCAUCCGCUUUGAUUAACCUUCGCAUUGUAUGUAUUAAGAUACUUUCAAUAGCAAUUUCAUUUCCUGAGUUUUCUACUCCUGCUCAAACUCAAACAAGAGGAAGAAUUAUUUCCGUGUUUUUUAAGUCGUUAUAUUCUAAAUCAAUUGAAAUAGUCGAAGUCGCAAAUAAAGGGCUAAAACAAGUUUUAGCACAAAAUCAUAAACUUCCAAAGGAUCAAUUACAGGCAGGGUUACGGCCCAUUUUAAUGAAUUUAUCCGAUCAUAAACGAUUGACAGUAGCGGGUCUUGAAGGUCUUGCACGUUUAUUAGAGCUUUUAACAAGUUACUUUAAAGUAGAAAUAGGGAAAAAACUCUUAGAUCAUUUGAGAGUUUGGGCAGAUCCUUCUCUUUUACAAAUGAUUUCGGGAAGUCCAUUGGAAGAACAACAUUGUAUUACAAUUAUUUCUGCGAUUUUAAAUAUUUUUCAUCUACUUCCUCCAUCUGCAAAUACCUUUCUGGAAGAAUUGGUUACUAUUGUAAUGGAUUUAGAGGGCCAGCUUAGAAGAACAUUGUCAAGUCCAUUAAGAAAACCUUUAUUAAAUUUUUUAAAUAAAUAUCCUAUUGAUUGUUGGAAUUAUUUUUCAUUGAAGCUUGAUCAACAAAAAUAUAGUUUGUUUUUUUCUCAAAUUUUAAGUGCAGAUAUUAGCGAUUCAUUAAGAGCGUAUGUUUCAUCAGAUUUAAAUUCUGUCAUUUUGCAUUCAUUUUUAAAAGAUGAAAAUUGUAAUAAUAUUUGGGCCAUAGUUUCUGGAGUAACAAUUAUAAAAGCAUUAAUAUCCGACAAUAAAUUUUCAAUAAUGUCAAAUAAUGAUCUAGUACAAGCUUUGCUUAAAGUCUUUUCUAUUCCAAUAAUACAAUCAUUGGCAAAUAAAGGCGAUGAGUAUUACUUUCAAACUAAACUAAUAAUACAAACUUUAAUAAAAAUAUUCAAAUUUUACAUUAGUCAAUUUCCGAAUGAUUUUAAAGUAAUUUUCCAUUGUUUUGAAAUUGCUUCUACAUGUAAUUUAAUAGGAUUUAAUGUAUUUGAUGAAUUAAUAUUUGAGAAAAUUGUAUCAAAUCAGGACAUCCAAUACAAAAGGAAUAUUAUUAUGCUAUGUUUGGAUAUUAUUGCCGACAAACAUGUUACAUCAUACUGGAAAACAUACUUAUUUAGAAAAAUAAUCAAUCCAAUAUUGCUAAUGACUUAUCAUAAAAAAGAGGACUUAGUUGAUAAAUUAUUGAUUGAUACGAUACAUAUAAAGGUUUGGAAAUUAGCUUUAAAUGAUUUUGGAAUUGAUUUAUUUUUUUCAACUGAUACUAUUAAAAAUGAAAUAAUACAAAUGACUGCAACGAUCAUUAAAUAUAAUAUAUCAUGUCUUGAUAACGAUAUCAAAAAAGAUAUAAUUAAAUUUGCAUGGAAUUAUAUCAAAUUAGACGAUACUAUAACAAAAUAUUCUGCGUAUGUUCUUUUAACAUAUUCUGUUUCUUUUUAUGAGACCUCAAAAAUCAUAAUACAAAUUUAUAUGGCAUUAUUAAAAUCAUCUAAUUCUGAAGGAAGACAUCUUGUGAAACAAGCUUUAAAUAUUUUGGCACCAGUUUUAUCAGCUUGUAUCUCAUCUUCUGAUAUAAGAUAUCCAGAUUGGGUUAAAUGGCUAAAAUGUAUAAUUAUGGAGGAAAACAAUAACAUUCCUUUAUUAGUAAACGCAUUUCAAUUUAUUAUGCAUCACGAAACUUUAUUUUAUCAAUAUAGAGAGUUUUUUAUUCCACAAAUGGUUACUGUAUUGCCCAAACUUGGUUUUACACAAAACGCAAAUAUUGAAACUAGAAUUUUGACAAUAGAACUUAUUGAAUUAAUAGCUAAAUGGGAGGAACGACGCUUACAAUCAUCUUUAAACAAUAAUGUUUCAGAUUCUAACAUAAAGCUUGAAGAACAAUUUCAUACAGACGAUAAAUCGACUGAAAUGAAAGCUGAGGAGUCAACAAAAAUAUCUAAUAGGGACUAUAUUCCUCCAAUGAUUCUUCAGGAUGCUAUUAUUACUUAUCUUGCAAGGGUUGCAUGUUCAUCUCCUGAAAGUUAUUCAAGAAAAGGUGUUUCUAGUAAAGCUAUUCCUUUGAUACGUCAACUUAUAAAUCCUCAUUAUUGGAGAGAUGUUACAAUAAAGCUUUCAUUUUUUGAGAAGAUACUUAAACAAACAGAAAUUUCCAAAAAGACUAUAGGUCAAUAUUCUAACGUUCUAGAAAUCCUUUCUAUUGUUAUUGAAUUUCAAUCAGAUCAAUGGAUAUCUGAAAAUAUUCAACAGUUUCAGGAUUUAUUGGAAAAAGCUAUUAAAUUGGACAAUGAAGAAAUUCACAAGAUUUUAAAACCAAUUCUUAUAAGAAUAUUUGCAAAUUUAUCUGAUAAUAAAGAAAAUUCUUCUGGAUUAGAUUUUAAGAUGUUUAUUAUUAAUAUUAUACAAGAUAAUUUGCAGAAUUCUGUUAAUUUGAUUUCAACUAUUAGUCUUUUAUCAUGUAUUCCAGCUGAUAGAUCUGAUAUUUUAGAUCCUUUUAUACCUUCUUUAAUAAAGGUAUUUCAAAAAAUAGUUAAAGAUCAUUUAUCUUUACCAGUACAACAAAAUCGUACAUUAUCUCAGGCUAAUCUUGAUAACAAUUAUAAUGCAAAUAACUCUGUUAAUAUAGACCCUGAAACUAUGGUAAAACUAAUUGAAGGUUUUAUCGGAAUUAUAAAAAAAAAAGCUAUGCAUCUUGGUGAUCAAAGACGUUUAUUUUUAGCUGCAUUUGCUCAAUUAAUAGAGAAGUCUCCAAGUUCUCGACUUUGUUUUACCAUUUUGGAAGUUUUAAAAGAAUGGGUAAUAGAACAGCAAGUAUCAUUUCCUACAAUAAAAGAAAAAGCUGCAUUACUUUUAAAAAUGAUAUCAUUUGAAACUAGAGGUGAUUCUGUGCUUUAUAAUAAGUUUUUAUCUUUGAUUGUUACAAUAUAUGAAAAUCCAGCAAUUACACGAACUGAAUUAACAGUUAGACUUGAACAAGCUUUUAUGAUUGGUACAAAAGCAGAAGAUAUUUCCAUAAGAAAUCACUUUAUGGAUAUAUUUAAUAAAAGUAUGUCAAAAAAUGUUUAUACUCGUUUAAAUUAUAUUCUUGGAGUACAAAAAUGGGAGAGCCUUGCAGGUUCAUUUUGGAUUAGCCAAGCAAAUCAAUUAUUAAUAGAAUCUGUUGUUAUGAAAGAAAGAAUUUCUAUUUUAGAAACGGAUUAUGCUUUUCGAACACUAGUUUCAGACAAAUUGCUUUCAUUAUUAGCAGAUGAUGAAACAUUUAUGAUGGAUACUGAAAUCGAUGCUCUAAUAUUAAAUCAUAAAACGUUUCUUCAUUCAAUAGAUAAAUUAACUGCUGAGAGUAUAAUUUUGCCUUUAUCUCAUUUACAAUUUUUAGAAUUAAAUAUGGGAUCUCAAUUAUGGUCAGAUAUCUUUUCUAUGUCAUGGAAUUCAAUAGGGAAAAGAGAUAGACAUGAACUUUCUAAAUUAAUCGUAGCAUUAUUGGCAAAUAACUAUCAUACUCAACAAAUGGAUAAAAGACCUAAUGUUAUUAAAACGAUUCUUCAAGGACUUGCAAGAAAUGCAUCAACAAUAAAAUUUCCUCCUCAUUUAAUAAAAUAUUUAGGAAAAACAUUUAAUGCAUGGUAUGAAGCACUAGAAUUAUUGGAAGAAAUUUCUGCUCAGGGUAGUAAAAAUACACCUGCUUUACGAGAGAGCACUUUAGAUGCUUUAGCAGAAAUGUAUGCUACUUUACAAGAAGAUGAUAUGUUUUAUGGUUUAUGGAGGAGAAGAUGUCAAUAUCUUGAAACAAAUGCAGCUAUAUCAUAUGAACAAAUUGGGAUGUGGGAUAGGGCUCAACAUAUGUAUGAAAAUGCUCAAAUUAAGGCACGGACUGGUGUUCUUCCUUUUUCAGAAUCUGAAUAUACAUUAUGGGAAGAUCAUUGGUUAUUGUGUGCUCAGAAACUUCAACAAUGGGACAUUCUAACUGAUUUGGCAAAACAAGAAAGUUAUUCUGACCUGCUUUUAGAGUGUGCAUGGAGAGUGACUGAUUGGACUACCAAUCGUGAAGCUCUUGAAACUUCAAUAAAAUCACUAAUGGAUAUUCCUACUCCUCGUCGAUAUAUUUUUGAAGCGUUUACUAUUCUUCAAAAAACUCAAGCUAAGUUGGAGUCUAUUCAGGAGUUCAUUCGUGUAUGUGACGAAGGGAUUCAAUUGUCACUAAGAAAAUGGUAUCAACUUCCUGUAAUUGUAUCAAAUUCUCAUAUACCUCUUCUUCAAAAUUUUCAGCAAUAUGUUGAAUUACAUGAAGCUAGUCAGAUUUAUGCUAGUCUCUCAUCUACUAAUGCUCAAAAUUUGGAAGCAAAAUCUCAAGAAUUAAAGAAUAUUUUAGGCACAUGGAGAGAGCGUUUGCCAAAUAUGUGGGACGAUAUUAAUACAUGGAGUGAUCUUGUUGCAUGGAGACAAUUAAUAUUUUCUUCUAUUAAUAAAGAAUAUAUGUCACUUGUUCCUUGUCUUCAACAACAAGCGGGAACUAGUGGGAAUAACUCUAGUACAACAUCAUUUGCAUACAGAGGUUACCAUGAAACUGCAUGGAUAAUUAAUAGAUUUGCUCAUGUUUCUCGGAAACAUCAAUUAGCAGAAGUAUGUAUUAACCAGCUUACAAAAAUAUAUACAUUACCAAAUAUUGAGAUCCAAGAAGCUUUUCUUAAGUUAAGAGAACAAGCGAAAUGUCAUUAUCAAAAUCAUAAUGAAUUAAGCAUGGGAUUAGAAGUAAUAAGUAAUACGAAUUUAAUGUAUUUUGGACAACAACAAAAGGCUGAGUUUUUUACAUUGAAAGGAAUGUUUUUGGCUAAAUUGAAAAUGAAUGACGAUGCAAAUCAAGCAUUCGCUACUGCUGUUCAAAUUGAUCUUACUUUAUCUAAAGCAUGGGCUAAAUGGGGUCAGUAUAAUGAUAGAUUAUUUAAAGAAAAUCCUUGGGAAAUUACAGCAGCAAGUAAUGCUGUAAGUUGUUAUUUACAAGCAGCAGGCCUUCUGAAAAAUGGGAAAGCAAGAAAAGUUUUAAGUCGAGUAUUAUGGUUAUUAAGUUUAGAUGACAGUUCCGGUACAAUUUCAAAAGCGUUCGAUUCUUAUAAAGGGGACAUAUCUGUUUGGAAUUGGAUUAUUUUUAUACCUCAAUUGCUUACAUCAUUGUCUCAUAAAGAAGCACGUCAUGCUAGGCAGAUUUUAGUCCGUAUUGCAAAGACAUAUCCUCAGGCUCUUUAUUUUCAACUUAGAACCACAAAAGAAGAUUAUACUAUUAUUAAAAAACAAGCUUUGGCUGCUGCACAAUCGGCUUCAAAGAAUAAUUCUAUUUUGCAUGAUCAAUUAUCUAGUUCAAUAAAAACAGGAAAUUUACAGAAUCAUCCUAAAAGUAAUAUUAGUGAAUCUGAUGCUAAACAAAAUCCUCAAAUACCUUUUGUCAAUGCAAAAACUGAAAAUAAUCAACCAUCAUCCAAUAAUGCAAUUCCAAAUCUUCAACAAGUAUCAAAUUUUCCUCAAAAUCAACAUGUUCAAUCCCAAUUUCAAAAUUGUCAACCUUGGGAACAUGUUGAUGAAAUUAUGUCAAUUUUAAAGACUGCUUAUCCUUUACUUGCUCUUUCUAUGGAAACUAUGGUUGAUCAAAUACAACAACGUUUUAAAUGUACUCCUGACGAAGAUGCAUAUCGUUUAAUCGUUGCUUUACUUAAUGAUGGAAUACAGUAUAUUGGUAGAUUAACGACUGUUACAAGUGAAACUAAAUUGCCUCCGGUUACACAAGCGAAUAUUACGCGGUUUGCAGAGAGCGUAUUACCAAAAAAUAUUAAAAUAGCAUUUGAGAAUGAAUUUAUAAAAGAAAAGUUAAAUUUGCAUGAUUAUAUUACUAGAUUAAGAAAAUGGAGGGACAAUUUCGAAAGUAUUUUGGAUAGAAGACCUAAAUAUCAGCCAUUAGAACAAUGUAGCCCUUAUCUUAGCGAAUUCCAAUAUCAAAAAUUUGAUGAAGUAGAAGUUCCUGGACAGUAUUUACAACAUAAAGAAAAUAAUAAUGAUUUUGCACGUAUUGAUCGUUUUAUGACAACAUUGGAUGUAAUAAGAGGUCAUGGAAUAUGCUAUAAAAGGUUGACUAUUAGAGGUUAUGAUGGUAGUAUUUAUCCAUUUGCAGUGCAAUAUCCUGCUGCUAGACAUUGUCGUAGAGAAGAAAGAAUUAUGCAACUUUUUCGUAUAUUAUCUGGAGUUUUAUUAAGAAAAAAAGAGACAAGGAGAAGAAACAUAACUUUUACUCUCCCUAUAGCAGUACCAAUUGCUCCUCAUAUUAGAAUAGUGGAAGAUGAUCCUUCUGGAAUAUCUUUACAAGGAAUAUAUGAGGAAUAUUGUCGUCGAUAUGAUAUGCAUAAAGAUGAACCCUUAAAAUAUUUUGCAUCAAAACUUAAUUCUUUUGGAUCUCAAACUUUUGAUAAACAAGAUAUUAUUAAUCUUAAGAUUGAAAUUUUAACAUCUAUUCAAACUAACUUGGUUCCUGAUGAUAUUCUUUUAAAAUACUUUAAACAAUUGUUUUCUACAUACUGCGACUUUUGGAGAUUUCGAAAGCAAUUUACUCUUCAAUAUGCAGGAAUAGCAUUUAUGACUUACAUAAUGAAUAUUAAUAAUCGCUUUCCUAAUAAAUUAUAUAUAUCUAGAUCUUCUGGAAAUGUUUGGGGAACAGAAUUCCUUCCUGCCAUGGCAUCAAACAAUCCUGUUUUUCAUAAUGGAGAAGCAGUACCGUUUAGAUUUACUCCAAAUAUCCAGACAUUUAUUACUCCAAUAGGUAUUGAAGGUAUAUUUUCUAGUGCUUUAAUGGCAAUUGCUCGCUCUUUAACAGAGCCAGAGUUCGGGCUUGAUCAGUAUUUAAGUAUUUUUGUUCGUGAUGAAUUAAUUACAUGGUUUACUCAACAACACCGUCCCUUAAUACAAGAUAGUCAACUUCGUGAGAAAGUUGCUGGAAACGUUGAUUUAGUUGUUAGAAGAGUUGCAUCUCUAUCUCAAGUCGCACAAGGAAAUUUACCUGCUAAUCAGACAAUAAUUGAUUUGGUUUCACAAGCAGUUAACCCAAGAGCGUUAGCACAGAUGGAUCAAUUAUGGGCUGCAUGGCUUUAAUUAUAUCUAUAGUUAGAUAACUUUGCUUAAUAAAUGGUAAAUAUUUUUAAAUAUAUGUUAUUAUAAGGGUCUACUAUUAUGUACAUUAUGAUUAUUUGUUAGUUUUUCU